UGUCCCCUUCCAGAGCUCUGGGACUUACUCUAGAGAAGCCGCUGAUACAGGAUGUCUGCCUCCAGACCCGUGCCGGGCCACGCCCUGCCGGGCCACGCCCUUACCCGGCUGGCCAGGGAUUGGCUGGCGGAGGACACGCCCGGUUUUGACCCGGCGGGGGUGUGCGUGGGCUCGGGGGAGCUGGAGGCCCGGUUGCUAUGUAAGACGCCCCACACAGUGCUGGCGGGGGGGCCGUUUUUCACCGCCGUGUUCACGGAGGUGGGCUGCUCCGUGGAAUGGAUCUACCAGGAGGGAGACCAGAUCGGCCCGGGGGCGGUGACCCUGGUGGCGGUGGUGCGGGGCCCGGGGCGGGGCCUCCUCCUGGGGGAGCGGCCGGCCCUGAACUGCCUGGCCCGGGCCUCGGGCAUCGCCACGCGCUGCUGCGGGCUGAGGGCCGCGGCCCGGGCCACCGGGUGGCAGGGGGAGGUGGCCGGGACCCGGAAAACCACGCCGGGGUUCAGGCUGGUGGAGAAGUACGCCAUGCUGGUGGGGGGCGUGUCCACGCACAGGAUGGACCUCAGCGGGAUGGUCAUGAUCAAGGAUAACCACGUCUGGGCAUCAGGGAGCAUCACCGAGGCCGUGGCGGCGGCCCGCUCCGUGUGUGGCUUCAGCAGCCGGGUGGAGGUGGAGUGCCGGUCGGUGGAGGAGGGCCGGGAGGCGGCAGCAGCCGGGGCCGACAUCGUCAUGCUGGACAACUUCCACCCACAGGAGCUCCAGGCGGCCGCCCGGACCCUGAAGGUUCAGUUCCCGGGGCUCCUGAUCGAGGCCAGCGGGGGGGUCACCCCGGAGAACCUGGCCGGGUUCUGCGGCCCCCACGUGGACGUGAUCUCCCUGGGGUGCAUCACCCAGGGAUGCCCCGUGGCCGACUUCUCCCUGAAGGUCCACAAGCCGCAGAGCAGAUAAAGACUCGUUGGAAAACAGAGUCAUUUCCAUCCGUGCUCAUUUAUUUACAAUUCAAUAAAAUUGUAUUCCCAUAGCUCCAAAUCCCAACAACAGAGCAGCUCAGACUCUGAGUAUUUACAGGA